AUGUCUGGAUAUGUAAGGGAAGGGCAUAAGUUGAGCCGAUCGUUGGCGAGAGCCAUGGCGACGGCGCGCGCGGAAGCGGCGGCGGAGGCGGGGGCGGGGGCGGCGGACCGCCCAGGCGGCGGCUCUAGGCACGCCGCGUGCGCCGCCGCGUGCUCGAAGCGCCCGCCGCCGCCGCCGCCGCAGGCUCCUCAGUCGCCCGCCGCCGGCCGCCAGGAAAAGAUGGCAGUGUGUAAGAAGCUCGUCAACUCGCCCGACGCGUGCGUGGACGAGAUGCUGGCCGGGGUGGCGGCCGCCUUCCCCGGGCUCGACCUGCACGCCGCACACCGCGUGCUGCUCCGCAAACAGGAUGUACCGAGGAACAAAGUAGGUAUUCUGUCGGGCGGAGGUUCUGGACAUGAGCCCUUCUGUGCGGGUGGGGUGCUGGCGGUGGUGGCCAACUACACGGGCGACUGCCUCAACUUCGGGCUGGCGGUGGAGCGCGCGCGCGCGCUGGGGCUGGCGGUGGAGGCGGUGGUGGUGGGCGAGGACUGCGCGCUGCUCGACAGGGGCGGCGGCGCCGGCGGCGCGGGCCGGCGCGGGCUCUGCGGCCUGCUCUUCGUCUACAAGCUGGCGGGGGCGCUGGCGGAGGCGGGCGCGUCGCUGGAGGCGGUGGCGGAGCGCGCGCGCCAGGUCACCGCCCGCAUGGCCACGCUCGGGGUCUGCCUCUCGCCCUGCAGCCUGCCAGGGGCGGGUCCGCUGUUCACGCUGGGGCCCGAUGAGAUGGAGCUGGGCCUGGGCGUCCACGGAGAGGAGGGCGCCUUCAGACUGAAGCUGAGCAGCGCGCACGAGGUGGCGGAGGCGAUGGUGGCGCGCCUGGCGGGCGCGCUGGCGCUGGCGCCGGGGGCGCGCGUGGCGGCGCUGCUCAACAACCUGGGCGGCACGUCGCAGCUGGAGCAGGCGCUCAUGGGCGGGGAGCUACGCGCCGCGCUCGAGCGGCGCGGCGUGGCGGUGGAGCGGCUGUACGCGGGCCACCUGAUGACGUCGCUGGAGAUGGCGGGCGUGCAGCUGAGCGUGCUGCGGCUGCCGGACGAGGAGGCGGAGGCGGCGGCGUGGCUGGCGGCGCUGGACGAGCCCACGGACGCCGGCGCGUGGCCCGGCUGCCCGCUCGCGCUGCCCUGCGCCCUGCCGCCCACCCCCGCGCCGCAGGAGCUCGCGCACGACGAG